AUGGUUGACUGGCCCGAAUGGAAAAUGGGGAACCCCUCAAGCCCCUCGAGCCCCUCAGAGCCUCAGGCCCCUCGCUCGAAAGGCUGGGCUGGGGCAGGCAAGCUGGGCAACGUCGAAAGGGGAAGCUGUGGGGAGGCGAAGCUGCCCUUGGCUUGGCUCGGCGAAGCCAGAGACUCUGAGAGAGGUGUCUUUGAAUCCCGUUUCCCUGGCAUGAUAUUGAUUGGUCUAGUUUGGCUACAUAUCUCCAUCCAAAAGACAACGAGACGUGUGAAGGAUUGGAUCCAAGGCACCCUGGAACUUCAACACACGCCGGUACAAACGACGUCAGGGCUGUCCAGGGGCAACUUUAGAAAGGAGACCGUGAAGCGGAUGUGA